UCAAGCUCUCCUUUGGUUACACCACUAACUCCAGAUGACCUUCCCAAGGAACUAAGCUUCUUUUUAUUUAAAACCACAAGGAGCAAUGGAGAGUUUAGGUAAAGACCACGCUUACUCGGACCCUUCCCUGCCACCUUCUACAUCCUCUGAGGAAUACGCUGUGCCAGAUGUCAUCAUCACGCGCCGCUUGAGAGACCGGGAGUUGCUCCGGAAAAGAAAAGCAGAAGCCCAGGAGAAAGACUCAAUUCAGUGGGUUCUGGGGGAGCAGGAGAAGAGCAAAAGGCAAAAGAGGGGCAGAGGAGCAGGGAGAGGACGAGGCCGCCAGCCAGUUACGGAGCCCAAACCAGAGCCCAGCCCAGAGCCAGACCCUCGUCCCGAGGUGCUGGAGGGAAAGGAGCAGACCAGCUGA